AUGUCGACGAGACGUCUAAACGAAACAGAGAGCGGCUCAGCGACCCCUGUGCCAGGCCGUCGACACAACCAUGUCGCUGUUCAAAACUUGUCAAACCAGCUAAACCAGCUAUGUACUACACUACGAUCAUCUGCUUCUGCCCAGCAGGAGAAUAUCGUCCAACUGGGUCAGGGUCAGGCAGAUAUUGGUGAAGACAUCAAACAACUUGACACGGCUGUAAAACGACAGAGACUCAAGGAGCGGGAUACUUUGGAUAAUACGAAGAAGUGGGUUCGUGAGGACCUACGGAGCCGAAUUUUAUCGCGACUACAGGACGAUAUGCAGGACCACAUCAAGGCGGAAAUUGCAAAGACCGUCAAGGAGCAAGUUGAUGCGCAAAUCACCAACCAUAUUCCUAUCCCGUUGAAAGAGCAGCUCGCUGAUUGUCAAGCACAAGUGAAGUGUGUUACAACAUCUUUGACCAACUCGAAGGCUCGGGGUAUUCACGCUUACUAUGACCUAGAGAAUUCACUCCAAGAACCACUCAAGGAGUUUGUAAACGAGUCUGGACGAAAGAGCGACGUUUAUCCCGCAGAUUUGAAUUCCCUUCUCACUUACGACACCGAGAAUCUCAAGAAACUCGUUAGGGACUAUGGGCUGGUAGUGGACAAUGAUCGAGCUGUAAACAUAAACCGUUUCAUGGACCACAUCGGAAUUAAACAUCAAGUGUUGAAGUUAUAG